AUCAGUGUGGGAAAUUUGGAACCCACCGAGAAUAUUGUUCAUAGUUUGAUAUAGCCAGCUGAUCCAUAUCCAGUCUCCGAAAAUAUAUCCAAAGCGCUGAACGGAAACAUGGUGUUUGUGCUCUGAUCCUGGGAUAUUCAGCUAUGAUUCUCCCUGGUCGUCCUGAGCAGCCACCAGAGGCUGAUGUGGUGUUUGUGGUAGAGGCAACUGCUCUGAAUGGGGCAUACCUGCCAGAACUCCUGGACAAUUACAUCAAGCCUACAUUGGAGUACUUCACGACAAAGACCACUGGCAGCGACCUCAGCCAGUAUGGCGGCAAGUGCUCGGGCACGCUCUUCACCUUGGUCACCUUUACGGCCGGCGAUGGCAUCCCCGAGCCGCCGGUGGCCUGCUGCCUGCCAGUGGCCGCCCCGGACAAGUUCCUGCAGUACCUGGACAGCGCUGAGUUCAUCGGCGGCAACUGUGACAACGUGUCCUGCAUCGCCGAGGGCUUGGCCACUGCGCUGCAGUGCUUCGACGACCUCAAGAGCAUGCGGGAGCCGUCGGGGUCGGUGCAGCGGCACUGCGUGCUCGUCUGCAACUCGCUGCCGUUCCAGCUGCCCGUACAGGAAACGCCCAGCUUCCUGGGCUGCAGCAUGGACCAGCUGACAGCCGGCAUACAUGAGCGCUCCAUCCACCUGUCUGUGAUGUGUCCGCGGCGGCUGGGCGGCAUUCAGAAGAUCUUCGAGCAGGCCGGCGGCGACGUGGCCAUGAACCACGCCAAGAACUACUCACGCGACCCACACCACCUCAUACUGCUCAACGGCUUCAGUUUGCAGGAGCAGGCAAGCAGUAACCAACAACUGAACACAGCACAGCAACAGCAGCAGCAGCAGCAGCAGCAGCAGAUGGGCAGCAUACAGCAAACCGCAGCGCCCAUCAGCACACUCUCGCAGGCGUUGAACCAGCCGGCGCAGCCGCUCUCGCAGUCGCAGCAGAUGAUCCUGAACAUGGCGCAGAUGACGCGCGCGCCCACGCCGCCCAACCAGCGGGCCAGCCCGGUGCCCAGCCAGACGUAUCAGCCGCAGAUGAAGCCGGUGCUGGUGCGUGGUCAGCAGCUGGCGGCCGGCAUCCAGGGCCAGCGCCCGCCCGGCUGCAUCACCGUGAUGGGUGGCAUGCGCCAGCCGGGCCCGCCCAACGUGACCGUGCAGCCGCCGUCGGCGGGCCAGGUCAUGAUGAACGUCCAGCCGCGCUGGCAGGGACAGCAGCAGCAGCAGCAGCAACAGCAGCAACAGCAGCAGCAACAGCAGCAGCAGCAGCUUCAGCCGGGCAUGUCCGGCAUGCCGCAGACCUCGAUGUCACAGACGGCGAGCGGGCAGCUGGGGGAGCAGCAUUCGGUGUUGCUGUCCCAGCUGAACAAGCCCACCAUGUCGGCCAGCUCGCAGCAGGCGCAGUCACCCUUCAGUCUUCAGCAGCAACAGCAGCAGCAGCAACAACAGCAACAGCAGCAGCAACAGCAGCAGGGGAUGCAGGUGCCGAUGGUGGCUGGUAUGAUGCGGCCCCAGGUGCCGCGCUUCGUCGGCCAGCAGCAGGGCAUUGUGGGCGGGUCCGGUCCCAGCAUGCAGCAGCCGCAGCAGCAGCAGCAGCAGCUCCAGCAGCAGCAGCAGCAGCAGCCCAGAAUGAUGGGGCCGCCCCAGCACCCGGUGAAGAUCUGGGAGGGUACGCUGGAGUGGUCCGAGAAGAAGCCGGGCGAGGUCAGCAAACUGGUGCACUCGAUCCCAUGUGGGCUCAGCUGCAACACCAACGCCAGCGGCGAGCCUGAAGUCAAGGCGGACAACUGGCCGAACAAGCUGAUGAUGCAGCUCAUCAACCGCACCGUUAUCAGCACCAUCGGCAAGGUCUACUUCGAGAACAUCCGCUCGGUCAAGUUCAACCUGCAACCGUGUGAGCCGCUGGAGCGGCUCAGCCAGGUCAUGAGCAAUGGGAGUACUGGCUGCGUCUACUUCAGCUCGCUAACGCCCACCGACGUCAAAGUCAUGAUGCUCCUGUACGCGGCUGAGAAGCAGACCUACUUCGGCUUUAUUCCCAACGAUCAGAACGGGUUCAUCGAGAAGCUGAAAGAAGUGAUGGCCAAACAGAAACAGAUCCUGAACAUGCAGACGUUACGGCAACGUCAGCAGCAACAGCAACAGCAGCAACAACAGCAGCAGCAACAACAGCAACAACAGCAGCAACAACAGCAACAACAGCAGCAGCAACAACAGCAGCAGCAACAACAACAGCAGCAGCAAGCAGCGGCGGCGGCAGCGCAGAGCGGCCCGAUGACUGGGCCGCGGCCGGGCCUGCUCAUCCAGCAGACCAACCCGAUGGCGCUGGGCGGCGGCCAGCUGUCGCAGGGCGAGGCCGGUGGAGUUCGCGGCCGCUCGCCGCAGCUGGCCGGCGGCCCGGGCCCGGCUGGGGUCCGCCAGACCCUGAUGAGCCACUCGGGCCAGUUUACCGUGGGCGGCUCGGCACCCCAGAUGCAGAUCAACAUGCCGCAACAGCAGCAGCAACAGCAACAACAACAGCAGCAACAGCAGCAGCAGCAACAGCAGCAGCAACAGUUGCGGCAACAGCAAAUGCAGCAGCAGAUGCAGUCGAACACAGCGACCCAGGGCCUCUUGGCAAGCCAGCUGUCCCAGCAGCAGCAGCUGCAGCAGCAGCCGCAGGGUCAGGCCGAACGGCAGCAGAACCUGCUGCGCAUGCGCCAUCUGCAGCAGCAGCUGGCGCAGCUGCGACAGAAGGAGAUGCAGUACAAGGCGCAGCAGGAUCACCAGCAGUUCCAGCCGGGCGGCGCGCAGCAGCUGGUGCAGGGCAGCGCACAGCAGCUAGUGCAGCAGGGUGGCGCGCAGCUGGCGCCGCCGGGCGCCACCGCCGGCCGCGCGCCCCAGCAGCAGAUGGACUCAACGCCGGGCCUGCGCACCCUGCUGCAGCAGAGCUAUCGGCCGUCGAUGCUGCAGAGGCCACAGGCGCCGGCCAGCUCCAUGAUGGCCACGCCCGGCCAGCCGGGCCAGAUCAACCCCAACCAGAUGGACGAGUCCGUGAUGCACGACUUUCUCAGCUAGACGCCGGCGCCGCUGCUCGGCGUUCGUCAGUGGGCCGUAACGACGCGGCGCUGCCGGUCGGCCGUUUGGCACUCCAACUUUCUCUUCUUGGAACGUGUGCGGCCACGUUACUGUACUGUGAUGAUUGUGUUUUCGGGCAGGCUGGAGCCGGUAAGGUAAAAUGUCCUCCCGCGAUCUGUUGUGUAUGGACGUAUGUGCGCUGUACGCUGCCACGUUUCCCGGUGCUCCCAGCGGCCGAGCACCAAAAUAAACGCCAUCCGUCAUUCU